AUGUCUCAAAAACCAUCGGCCCCUGUGGCGCCGCCGGGUGCAGCCCUCGCCGCGACUGUCACAGUGUCUGCAUCUUUGGGAUUUGUGCCUGUUGCGAUUCACUUUGAUCUCUUUAAUAUCCUUGCCAAUCAUGGUGGACCCGCGACACCCGAGGAGGUAUCGGCAACCUACAAUGCACGCAUCAACGCCCGAGAGAAUGAACCCGAGCUGAAUACCAGAUUAGCUUCCGACACGCUCUAUGUCAUGUCCGGGCUCGGUCUAGUCGACCGCGUGGCCGAUGAUUGCUUCGCUGCAAAUGCCAUCACCAACCACAUGGUUGCCAUGCCGUCUGCUCAGCAUGGCGCACUGCAUUUCACGACCGAGGGUCUCAUGGCUGGGGCAUUCCUGAUGAAAAAACUCCAAGACACGGGCUUUGCAUACCCCUUCGCGGAUGCCGAUGGCCCCUUGCAAUACGCCUAUGGGCUCAUGGGUCAGACUGAGUUGGCGAAUCAACAUACAUACUCCAUUAUGGAAGCCCAAGGUCGGAUGGAUAGUUUCAACCAUUUCAUGGUCGGCAAGUUUCUCAAGUUCGGGACAUUCCCCGAGCGCGUCAAAUCCAUCGGCUAUGACCUGGAUGCUGCGUUGGGGGUGACCGGGUCUGCCGCGAUGGUCGACAUCGGCGGUGGCCGUGGGGAGCUUCUCCUUGAGGUCCAAGCUGCCUACCCCCAUCUCCAAGAGGAGGAUUUAAUUGUACAGGAGUUUAAUGCGGACAUCGAUAGCGUGCCUGGGGUACGUCUGAUGGAGUGGAAUUUCAAAGAGUCGCCCGAGCAGCCCAUCCAGGGUGCGUGUGUAUACUCGCUCCAGCAUAUCUUGCAUAAUUUGCCUGAUCUGGAUGCGGUCGCAUUACUGCAGAAGAUUUCUCGAGCGAUGGGGCCUCAUUCGCGAGUCUUGAUUAUUGAAUACGCGAAGAAUCAAACUUAUACUGCGCUCCAUGCCAGUAUGAUUGCGUUGUAUGGCGGGCGAGAACGGAGCGCAGCCGAGUGGCGGCAAAUUGCGAGUUUAACGGGAUUGGAGGUGACUUUCGAGUGUUAUGUGCGUGCUGGAGAGUCCUUGGUCGAGAUGAAAAGGGCCGAUAGGGCCUCCUAA